GCUGUUGGCCCACCUCUACCACGGACGGUUCUUGUUCAUGAGAAACUGCAGAUGGUUAACCUGCAGACAUGACGGUCCAGGAGAAACUGGAUCCUGCUGUGUGGAGGACAGACGACGUGCAGAGACUCUGAUCCAUCCGGGUUCCGAUGAAACCUGCUUACGGCUCCGUAUUAAGGGCUGGAUUACUGCCGACAGGAAGUGAGAAGACGCGCUUAUUCACUUCCGGUGGAUCACAGCGCACCCUCCGUCAAGUGAUGGACACCCAGAAGGAAGCUCUGCGCCGCAUCAUCAGUACACUUGCCAACAAGAAGGAGGAGCUUAAGCACUUCCUGGAUUCCCUCAGUAGCUCUUUGAGUGGCCUGCAGGAGGAGUCCAGCAAGGUGAUCGUGGAGCUGGAGGCGGAGCUUGAACAGCUACGGGCUGCCUUGGAAGAAAGAGGAGCUCAGCUACAUGAAAUCAUCAAAAAGGAGGAGCAGAGAAAGAAGGCGGAGCUUAAGCGGCAGCUGUCUGAAGGGGCGUGUGCUUUGCAGUCGUGUGACGACCUCCUCGAGUUUGCAAAUCAGACGCUGAACAUUUCGAAGGAGGACGAGUUCCUGACGGCUGCCAAACACAUCAAAGAACGAGUGACGAUGGCUCCGGCGUUCCGGCUGACCACCCGGCCAUCCGUCUCAGAGAGCAUGUCCCAGUUUGCAGUGGACUUCAGCGCUGAGAGGGAGGGGCUUCACAAACUUCACUUCCUGCCAGUCCCCAGAGCGCCUGAGAUCGACGUCUGCAGCUGCAGCGUCCAGGACAACGCUAUCCACGUGGCGUGGCGCCCUCUGGUGGAGGCAGACAGCGGCGCAGACGGCUGCAGACCGAUUUGUUACGAAGUGGAGUACCGGAAGACCAACCAUGGCAGCUCGCUGGGAGGAGCAUGCUGGGAACGGCUGUGUGAUAUCACAGAGGCGCAGGUCACCAUCUCAGGUCUAAAGUUCGACUCACAGUUUGUCGUCGUUCGAGUUCGAGCCAGAAACAAAGCAGCAGCUGGAGAAUUCUCCGAGCCGGUUGCCAUGGAAACCAGAGCAUUCUGCUUUGGCUUCGACGAGGCCACGGCGCACGCCGACCUCAGGGUUCACGGCGAUACAGUCACCUGGGAGCCGCAAGGGGUCAGAGGUCACGACCCUCGUCUCAGAAGCAAAGAGAACAAAAGCAGGAGCUCCACGCCGUCGCCCAGCAAGACAGCCGGAGUUCGGGCCGGACGCGAUCGCUUUGCCGGGGAGGCCUACACUGUGCUGGGUGACCACGAGGUGAACAGUGGCUGCCACUAUUGGGAGCUCCGCCCCUUGGCUGAUUGGAAAUCAUUCAGUGUGGGCGUGGCCUACCGGGGCAGCCUGGGCCGCUUUGAGCAACUAGGGAAGAGCGCCGCCUCCUGGUGUCUGUCUGCCAGCCAAUGGCUGCAGUCCACGCUCGCCGCCAAGCACAACAACCGAGCGAGGUCACUGGACUGGCCGCUGCCGCAGAGGAUCGGGAUUUACUGCGACUACGACAGCGGAGAUCUUCUCUUUGUCGACGUCCAGCGACUUUGUCUUCUUCAUGCUUUCAAGACAAAGUUCAACCAGCCGAUCGUUCCAGCCUUCACUUUGUGGUGUGGAGCCAUCGCGGUCACAACCGGCCUGCAGGUGCCCAACUUCAUGUCAAGCCUUCUGACAACCAAUCGAAGUCUGGCCAGCCAGUCACAUGAUCAGUCAUCGGGUUGAUGGAGCCGCAGUCUGGCGUGUGAUGUCAUAGGAGAACGGCUUACCUGCUGAUUACUGUAGAUAUUCAGAAAAUUUACUGAAAUGUUCAAGUGAAUUUAUAUUGAAAGUGACAAAUUUAAAUUCAUGCUGUUAUUUUAAAUGUCUUAACUUAAAUAAGUGGUUUGUGUGUCCCUGUGCAUCAUGUUUUACACAUACACCUGGACAGGUAAUGCUAGAGAUUUCCUGUACUGGCUGUGAAAGUCAGACUGAGUGUGGGGUCACCUGUGGGUCUGUUGUUCACCUGUGAGACAUAAAUCCUGAAACCCAUGUUUUCAAAAGCCUCCAGCGCUCCUCAGCUGAAGCAUGAUGGGAAAUGUUUGGGACAUAUAGAUUGUGGGAAAACAGCGUCACGUUCUAAGUUGUUGUAAUGAGCCUCCAUUCAUUCAUCCGACCACAUUUCAAUGCUGUCUCAUCGUUGUUGUGUUAUGUCAUUGUUUUUAAGACAAUUUAGCUUUUAGGAUGACGUCACAGCGGUCCCGCGUAACGAGAACCAGAAAAGCGUUUCCAGCUGUGUUCAAAUAAACGUUCUAGCUAAUAAACA